AUGGUCAAGAUUACACAACGAGAAUCCUCGUUCGAAGAAGUGCAGAAGCCCGCCGGUACUUCCAAGCGUCUCAUCGUCCGCGAGGGCCAUCAGACGGAGCUCCCGUGCGACCUGAGGGACGCACUCUCCAACGACUCCCUGGCCUUCGUGCACUGGUACCACACGGCUGAACGAGAGUCUCACGGUUCCGGUGGCGCGGGACCCUCUCUAGGCUAUGGUUUCCGUGCGGCAGCAGCAAGCCGCGAACCCAUAUACACAGUGGACUUCGGGCCGGACCCGACUGUCAGCAAGGAGGCCACCUCUAGUGGAACCGUGGGUGGUGGCACUAUGGCUUCCGGCGCUACGAGCUCCGCGGGAGCACGAGGGAACAACUUGUUACAGGUCAACCGUUCAGCUGGGCAUGGCUGGGUGGGGCGGGCCUAUUUCUCCAUUAUCGGCCACCCGGCCAGUCUCAAGGUGAACAGCGUACGCUUCGAGGACGCCGGUCUGUACACGUGCACAGCCGUGUUCCGUGACGGUGCCCGAAGAAACUCGACGGUGCGUCUUCAUGUCGUCGCUCCACCCGAGCCUCCAGCAAUACGAGACGGUGAAGGAAAUGAACUCCGAGGCACCAUCGGUCCUUUCAACGAAGGCAGCACGCUGGCAUUGGUGUGCGUGGUCUAUGGUGGUAAGCCCAAGCCUACGCUGGUGUGGAGCGGCAUGCCUGAAGGAAUGAUGGCCGAGGUGCGCCCAUCGUCGGAGGCGCAACUCACCACUUCGACUCUACUCAUUCACUCUCUGAGAAGAGAGGACCUUCGAGCGACCCUCUACUGCACGGCAUCAAACAACAUAUCCUCGCCUGCCGACACAUCCGUCACGCUCGACCUCAACCUGCGUCCAACGUCGGUGAAGAUCAGGCGUGGCGACAUUCCCGUCUCGGCGGGCCUGCCUGCUGAAAUUGUAUGCGAAGUGUGGGGUUCGCGGCCACCGCCUGUAGUGACGUGGUGGAAAGGCCUGCGUCAACUGAACCACACUUUUGUGUACGUGUCAACAGACGGCAACAUGACCACCAGCGUGGUCUCGUUCACACCUUCGAGUGAUGACCACGGCUCCAGUCUCGCUUGUCGAGCCAAAAACCCAGCAAUGGUGGACAGUGUUGAAGAGGACACGUGGACCAUGGACGUGCAGUACAAGCCCAGGAUUUCAUUGCAGUUAGGCACCAAGCUAAGUCUUGAGAACAUCCAGGAAAAUAACGACGUGUACCUGGAAUGCCGCGCGGAUGCCAAUCCUCCAGUUGAAGAAGUUGCCUGGCAGUUCGACGGCGACGAGUUACAGGCAUCUGAAAAUGUUAUCGUCUCAAAGAACUUCCUGGUGAUUCAGCGGGUGCAGACAUACCACUCGGGCCUGUACUCUUGCAGUGCUGAGAACUCGGAAGGAAGGACUCAGGGCGAGACACUACAACUUCGUGUGCAACACGCGCCACUGUGCAAGGCAAACCAACACGUUGUGUACGCUGCGUCACGGCAUCAGGAGGUCGAGGUGCAUUGCGAAGUGGAAGCGGAUCCCAGCAAUGUCACCUUCGAGUGGCGUUUCAACAGCACACUUCAGCAACGGCCCCUAAAGAGCUUCACGGCGCAGGGCACGAGCAGUGUCGCCCGGUACAUCCCCCACAGCCACACUGAGUACGGGACCCUUCUCUGCACAGCCUCUAAUCGCAUCGGGAAGCAACGGCAACCAUGUCUAUUCCACGUCGUUCAGGCAGGACCCCCGGGCCCUGUGGAGAACUGUUCCAUCACCAACCAAACUGAGGGAUCACUGCACCUCGAGUGCCAGGCAGGAUCAGACGGCCAUCUUCCGGCGCACUUCGUGCUCUCCGUGCACGACGCACUUACAGCCACCGUGUCGGCAAACUUCACCGCCGACAAGCCAGAUUUCUGGGUCCACGAUCUGCUUCCUGGUGUGGAAUACUUUCUUGUGGUCUCCGCCGUCAACGAGCGCGGCCGAAGUCCGGAGCUCACAAUCCUGCCUCCAAUCAUGCCUCUCGUGGGAAAGCUGACAAAGUCCGGAAGUGCAGCCAAGAUUUACUCGAGUGCACUCCUAGUGACGGUGAUUGCCGCUGUGGCGCUUCUGUGCAUCCUGCCUCUCAUCGUGCUGGGAGCCGUUAAACUGAAAGGGCGACGCUUCUUCAACAAGAGCCCGGAGUCGAAGAAGGAUGCGACAGACGAAGACGCCUGCCCUUCAACCACAGUUGCCACACCUGAGGAGGCCACACAACUUCAGAUAUCCUCCAUCUAUCCUAAAGAGGACAACCAAGUGUGGAUUGUAAAGAAGAGCACGGGCCUAUGAGCAUCUACAGCCGGUGCUCUUUACCCCGCGACCAAGCCGUUGCCGCUCAUGACUGCGUCAGCUUGGUGCUGAAGCCAGCAGUGACACGUUCCACCUCAUCUAGGGUCUAAUUGCAGGC